GAUUGGCGCGGCCGCCGCGGCCCCUCCCGCCGCCGCCGCCGCCGCUCGGCGCAGGGGGGGGGAUCCGGCCGCGCCGCCGAGCCCGCGCAGGCGGCUCCGCGCAGCUCCGCGCCGCCGGGACGCCGCCUCCGCGCCGCACCGGAAAUGCCGUUCUCGUGAGUGUGCAAGAAACCUGCAGAACUGUAAUGUCUAACCCUACAUGGAGUAACAACUCUUGGAAGUUCCUAGGCGGCAGAGCCCCGGCGGCGCUCCGGGGCACGGCGAGCCGAUGAGGGCGCCUCGGGCCCGCGGCGGCAUGGACCGGCAGUGACGGCGUGCCUUAGCGGGAGCGCUGGUGACGAUGAGGAGUUCCUGCAGAGCUGGCCUCCACAGGGAACCGCUCGGCGCCACGGCUUCGCCCUUCCUCCAAGUCAAACGGGUUUCUGGUAUGCACUUAAAGCCAUAUCUCAAGUUACAGAAGAAAGAGCGAUCUCCAGAAAUAAGCCAGGAUUCCCUGCGAGGUCCACCUAUGAGCCAUCAACGAGCAACACAAGAAGAAAAAUAUACUAACAACUGCACAAAACUGAGCGUUUUCCCAAAACCCUCCCUCGUGACUCCAUCUCGAAAGCCUCUGGGAAUUAUUUAUCCGAAUACUAUGUGCAAUAUGAAUGGGAAAGCUCCGGCAGAUGGUCUGAGUGCAAGGGAAAAGAAGAACGCCCUGUCUGCAACGAUCCACCAGGGAGAAGAAGGGGAAGGCCCUCUGGAUGUCUGGGCUGUAGUGAAGCCUGGCAAUACCAAGGAGAAAAUUGCUUUCUUUGCAGCCCAGCAGUGCGGCAGCAGCAGCCGGUUAGGCUCCAUGAAAAUUAAAAGCACGUGGGAUAUCGACGGAAGAGCAGCUAAGCGAAGGAAAAAAUCGGUAGAUCUUAAAAAAGCCAGGAUUCAGUUGGAAAGAAUGAGGGAGGCGAAUGCGAGGUGCUCCCCGCCGGAGCCGUUCGCCUGCGGCAUUGAGCACUGCUCCGUGCAUUGCGUUAACGACAACGGCGAGGGCGUGUUCCCGGGCCGAUCGCUCUCCGUCAUCGAGAUGGUGGCGUUUCUGGAGCAGCGAGCAAACGCUUUACUGGUGGACUGCGCUAAAACCUGCCCGUCCGCUUCUACCACGAGGCCGAGCGCUCAGCUGAAAGGCGCGCUUCCCAGCUCGGACCCCUUCUCUUUGGGGGGGGCGUGCGAGGUCCACCCUGAGAAAGGGACUUGCGGCAGCAGCGAGCAGCAGCAGAGCGAGCCCGUGCGCGUGCUGGACAUGGUGGCCAAGCUGGAGUCGGAGUGCCUGCGGCGCCAGAGCGAGCGCGAGGCCGGGAGCCUCUCGCGGAACAACAGCUUCCGCAGAAACGUCGGCCGGGUGCUGCUGGCCAACGGCACCCAGGCCGAGAGCGAGGUUGGGAAGGAGUCUUCUGAGGCCCUUGGUCCGGGCGAAAGUUUGGAAGAUGCCGGGGUAGCAGAGGCUGGGUACAGAGGGAAGUGUGGCCCUUUGGGUGACGCUGAGCUAUGGGAAGGCGCCGCCUCUGCUCGGCAGCCUUUUCCUUCUGGGCUGGAUACUCAUGUGGGGAAUGGGAAUUCGGGACUUGCUCACGCCGUGUUGGCGAUAACCGCUGGCAGGAGCGAUUCAGAAAUGCGAAUCGAGCCUCCUCGCGCUCUCCCGUCUGCGUGCCUGGCUGCUGCCAGGUUGCCGCCGGGUUCCUUGCAGAGCAAGAACGCGACCGUUGAUUGUGCAUCGAAUGAGCCUGUGACUCUUCCCAAGCAGCACCUGCAUCCUGCUAGGAAGGAGUCCUUAUGCAUCAGUAUAUCAGUCACCAAGACUGAGAAGGGGUGCAGGAAAGAUAAGCUUUUGAACUCCAGUUCUGGUGAAGAUCCACUCCCGGGGAGGUUGUUUUUUCUCCAGUCCGACCAGUCUGCUGCUCAAGAGCAACAGCCACUAAGGGAAAGUACCCAAGAAAAGCCAGGAGAAGUAGCCCCAAAUGAGGAUGCUCUGGAAUCUGAGAAAUCCUGUGUCAGGAACAGUGUCUCUGCAGAGCCAUUUGCUCUUUCUGUUCCUCCCACAGAAGGUGCUUUGCAAGUACUUGAUGCUUCCUGCUUAAAAAGGCAGGUCUCGCAUGACUUUUUGGAGACCAGGUUUAAAAUCCAGCAGCUUUUGGAGCCUCAGCAGUAUAUGGCCUUCCUGCCUCACCACAUCAUAGUGAAGAUCUUUGGAUUGCUUCCUACUAGGAGUCUGGUUGCUCUAAAAUGUACUUGCUACUACUUCAAAUUUAUCAUUGAAUACUACAACAUAAGGCCGGCAGAUUCCCGCUGGGUCCGCGAUCCCCGCUACCGAGAGGAUCCUUGCAAACAGUGCAAGAAGAAGUACGUGAAAGGGGAUGUAUCGCUGUGCCGGUGGCAUCCUAAACCAUACUGUCAAGCUUUACCGUAUGGGCCUGGGUACUGGAUGUGCUGUCACAGGUCUCAGAAGGGCAUCCCCGGCUGUAAGCUAGGUCUUCAUGACAAUCAUUGGGUUCCUGCCUGCCACAGCUUCAACCGCGCUAUUCAUAAGAAAGCCAGAGGAGCGGGAGCUGAAGCGGAAGAGGAAUACUAGUGCACAUACACUUUUCCUGCAAGAUUGUUUGGGGUAGGAAGAAAUUCUCAUGCCUUGUGCUGUUUACAGUGUAUAUAAUUGUCGUGUUUUUCACAGGGCUAUGAAACUGCACAUACUUAAACACAAGAGCCUUUACCUUUUAGAUUAAAGAUAGCUUUUAGUCCAUCUAUGUAAAUAACACUAUAAAAACUAAUUGUACAUACAGAGUCUACAGCUGGCUGAGCAAUGUAAUCACUACAAUGCAGCUAUGAUAGUGUUGCGGCUAUAGUUGUGCGUGUUUUUAAGUGUCUUGUUUCAAAAAUCUGUAUAUCCUGUAUAAUAUAUGAAUGUUUCUGAGAAGAAACUCUAAAUAGGUAAAGGUCAACUUGUUUAAAGAAUCUUCAAACAAUUUAACUGGACAACCUUAAAAUUAGACUAGAACAGAUACAUUAUAGUAGUGCAGCAGUGGAUAAAAAGAGAGGAAUAUUAUUGUAUAGUCAGAAUAUAAAAAGUUCUUGUCUUCCUUAUCCAUGUUGUCUGGUUAUUUUUUUUUUACUGUAAUAAAAUGUGCAUUCUAGAUCUGCCUUAUCUGACUUUCUUGUAAAACAUUUUUUGCCCCAAAAUAAAAAUACUGUAAAAUGAGGCAUAAA